UCCAAGAUGGCUGACACAGCGUCCGGCGGCUCCGGCACGCGGGCGGGCAGCAAGCAGGCGGGCACCCCUGCGGACAAUUACCACCUGGCCCGGCGCCGGACGCUGCAGGUGGUGGUCAGCUCGCUGCUGACCGAGGCCGGCUUCGAGAGCGCCGAGAAAGCCGCGGUGGAGACGCUCACCGAGAUGAUCCAGAGCUAUAUUUCGGAAAUUGGGAGGAGUGCCAAGUCCUACUGCGAGCACACGGCCAGGACCCAGCCCACGCUCUCGGACAUCGUGGUGACCCUCGUGGAAAUGGGAUUCAACGUGGAAACUCUUCCUGCCUAUGCCAAGCGUUCCCAGAGGAUGGUGAUCACUGCCCCUCCGGUGACAAACCAACCUGUGACCCCCAAAGCCCUGACAGCUGGGCAGAACAAGCCCCAUCCACCCCACAUUCCCGGCCAUUUCCCGGAGUUCCCAGAUCCUCACACGUACAUCAAGACCCCAACCUACAGGGAGCCGGUGUCCGACUACCAGGUGCUGCGGGAAAAGGCGGCUUCCCAGCGGAGGGACGUGGAAAGGGCCCUCACACGCUUCAUGGCCAAGACAGGAGAGACCCAGAGCCUCUUCAAGGAUGAUGUCAGCACAUUCCCACUGAUUGCUGCCAGGCCUUUCACCGUGCCCUACCUGACAGCUCUGCUCCCCUCCGAGCUGGAAAUGCAGCAGAUGGAGGAGACGGAUUCCUCGGAGCAGGAUGAGCAGACGGACACCGAGAACCUCCCGCUGCACAUGAGCACGGACGAUGCAGGACCUGAGAAGGAGAACACCUCAGUGCUGCAGCAGAACAGCUCCCUGGCAGGCAGCAGGAACGGGGAGGAGAACAUGAUCGACAAUCCCUACCUGCGGCCCGUGAAGAAACCCAAAAUCCGCAGGAAGAAGUGAGGGGGGACCUGAAAUUCCUUUGGCUGCUCCGAGAAACGCACAGGGGUCAGGAGAGGCAGUCCAGCUGAGGAAGGAGCUCUCUGCAUGGUGAACUCUGCUCCCACCCUGCCUUCCCGUGCUCCCUCUUCCCUCUGCUCACUGCAGCGCUCCAGGAAAACUGCCUGGGAAUUGUCUGGGGGACUUUGGUUUCCAUUCUGGGGAGGAUUUAUUUUCUGAAGAGCUGAGGGACCCAGGGCUUGGAGGGACACAGAGCUUGGAUUUGGAGGACACAGGAGCUGAGGGACACAGGGUUGGAUUUGGAUUUGGAGGACACAAGGAUUUUCCUGUUCCCACUUCCCAGCAGAACACAUUGGUGUGUUGGUGCCUGGCAGGCUGGAAAAAGAACUUCCAUCAACCCUUAAAUCCUAGGAAUGUGUAUUAGCAAAGAAACCUCCCAGGGAGGUCCCUCCUUUUGCAUUCUUGGCAGGUAAAAGCAAGCAAACCUUUUCUUUUAUAACCUGAAGGUUUUUGGUGUGCUGGUAACGGAGUGAAGUGCAAAUCCAGAGCUCCAGGGACAUUUCAUCCCCACUUUGCAGCUGUGCUGAGGACUCCAAACCUUCCAAGUGUGGUGGUGUCACCCCUGAGAUGAUUUUCCUGUCACAGCUGCUUCGGGCUCCUUUGCAGUUCAUUGUUUUCCACACAGCUCAAAUCCUUGGAGAUUUCCCUCCUUCCCCAGUUGCUUUGGAAGCUGGAAAAUGGAACAAAGCUGCACUGACGGCAGCAGUGCUUUUAUCACCAAAAGUUGGGAUUUUUCCCUGCUUUAUUUUUAUUUUUAUCACUAAAAGUUGGGAUUUUUCCCUGCUUU